AUGCAUUACAAAUCAUUAGGAUUCCUCGAGUCUAUCUCAGGCUAUACGGGGGAGGGUGUAGCUGAUGAGGAGUUAAGGAAAAGUAUCAACAAUACCCGAAUAGCAUCCUUUACCGAUGAUAUAAUCGCCUUCCUGAGCCCAAUUUUCGAUCCUGUCUUGAAGUUUAUUUGCAUCAACAGUUUUUUAGUCUUUGGUUACCACGGUGACGACAAUGUUGAUUGA